UAACAAAAGAAUUUGCUCUCCCCUCAAACUCCAACUCGCAUCUGCUGUUCAUCUCUUCGUCCGGAGUUCUGAUUGCCUCUUACUCUUCUCAAACAACUCCGUCCAAUAAAACCACCGUCUUGCUUGCAGUUGUAUCACCACCUCUUGUCGGCGGUGCCUCCGCCAUUAUUGAUUUUCAAUUUGAGGGAAUUUUCGAACCACCUCUCCUUCUCCGCCGCCGCUAUUCUCGGCGUUGACGACAGCGUUAACGCGAACACGAUCAGAUCGAACUGGCAAGUCAAGCAGGAUGGAUUUUGUAUCUGGAUACAAGGGAGUUGUUGGGCGUGUUUUCGGAAAUGAUAAUGCUACUUCGAAUGAAGACAGUUAUGUUGAACGGUUGCUUGAUCGGAUAAAUAAUGGUACCAAGGCUGAGGAUAGGCGGAUGGCAUUGGUCGAGCUUCAAUCUGUUGUUGCAGAAAACCAUUCUGCACAAUUAGCUUUUGGAGCAAUGGGCUUGCCUGUAUUACUAAGUGUGCUGAAGGAUGAGCGAGAUGAUGUGGAAAUGGUCCGUGGUGCUUUAGAAACCCUUGUUAGUUCUUUAACUCCUCUUAAUCAUGCAAAAAUGGCAAAGAUUGAAGUGGAGCCAUCCAAAAUGAAUGCUGAUUUACUAUCAAGAGAAGUAGACAACAUAUCUCUCCUUCUUAGCUUGUUGGCAGAGGAUGACUUUUAUGUGCGAUAUUACACGCUCCAAGUUUUGACAGCCCUUCUCACAAAUUCGCUAAGCAGGUUACAAGAGUCAAUUUUGGCUAUUCCUCGAGGUAUAACUCGAUUGAUGGACAUGCUGAUGGACCGUGAGGUUAUCCGCAAUGAGGCCUUGCUUCUUCUUACAUACCUGACUCGUGAAGCAGAGGAAAUACAAAAAAUAGUAGUGUUUGAAGGGGCUUUUGAGAAGAUAUUUACCAUUAUGAAAGAGGAAGGGGGUUCGGAUGGUGGAGUUGUUGUUCAGGAUUGUCUUCAAUUGUUGAAUAAUAUUUUGCGUAACAAUACCUCUAAUCAGACUCUUUUGAGGGAGACACUAGGAUUUGAUCCUGUUGUAUCACUUUUGAAGUUGCGAGGAGUCUCUUAUAGCUUUACACAGCAGAAGACAAUCAAUCUGGUCAGCACGUUGGAGACUGUUAAUCUGCUAAUCGCCAGUGGCCCACAAGCUGAAUCAGGGAAAGAUACAAAUUGUAUGACCAACAAAACAGUCUUGGUUCAGAGAAAGGUAUUGGAUCAUCUUCUUAUGCUAGGAGUUGAGAGCCAAUGGGCUCCAGUUACUGUUCGUUGUGCGGCGCUACACUGUAUUGGUGAUUUAAUUGCUCGACAUCCUAAGAACGUUGAUGAGCUUGCUAGUAAAGUGCUUGGAGAAGAGCCACAAGUAGAACUUGCUCUAAAUUCCAUUCUUCGAAUCAUUUUGCGAACUUCUAGCCUGCAAGAGUUUGUCAAUGCUGAUUAUGUUUUCAAGAACUUUUGUGAGAACAAUCCUGAUGGUCAGAGACUAUUAGCAUCCACAUUGACUCCCCAGCCACAGUCAAUGGCUCAUGCGCCGCUGGAAGACGAUGUAAACAUGUCAUUCGGAAGUAUGUUGCUCCAUGGUCUGACAAUGAGUGAAAGUGAUGGCGAUCUUGAGAUUUGUGCACGGGCUGCUAGUGUUUUGUCUCAUAUGCUGAAGGACAACGCCCAGUGCAAAGAAAAGGCUAUAAAAGUUGAGCUGGGGGCAACAAUGCAGUCUAUGGGGACUCCUGAGCCAUUGAUGCACCGUAUGGUGAAGUACUUGGCUGUUUCUUUUUCCAUGGAAAGUAAAGAUGGAAAGUCAAGUGGAAAAGCAGAUCUCUACAUUCAAGAAAUGAUUCUAAAACUUUUGAUAAUAUGGCUUGUUGAUUGCCCAACUGCAGUGGAAUGUUUUCUUGAUGCACGCCCCCAUCUCACUUAUCUUCUUGAGUUGCUCUCAAAUCAAUCUGCAACAGUAUGUACUCGGGGGCUAGCAGCUGUUCUUUUGGGAGAGUGUGUUCUUUACAACAAGUGUAUUGAAAGUGGUAAGGAUGUUUAUGGCAUAGUCGAUGCAAUCAGCCAAAAAUCUGGGCUUACCUCGUACUUUCUGAAGUUCGAUGAGAUGCAAAGGAACUUUCUUUUUUCCUCCAAGAAGCUUUCUGGACAGCACAAACCUUUGACUAGAUCAAAUGGUGCUAGUAUGGCGGAUAUUGAAGAUGAAGAAGAUGAUGUUAGUAUGUCAGAGAAUAGGAAUGAUAAUGAGGAGCAUCCUAUUUUGGUGUCACUCUUUGAUUCUGGCUUUGUUGCCCUGGUUGGUAGCUUGGAGGCUAACAUAAGAGAGAGAUUUGUGGAUGUUUAUAGCAAUCCAAAGGCAAAGGUUGCAGUUGUUCCUGCUGAAUUAGAACGAAGAAGUGGAGAAACUGAUGGAGACUAUAUCAAGCGUCUCAAAUCCUUCGUGGAGAAACAGUGCUCUGAGAUCCAGGAUCUCCUAAGCCGCAAUGCAAGCUUAGCUGAAGACAUGGCUAAGACAGGAACAAGGUCUGAGCAAAAAACUAGUGGGCCAUCAGAGAGAGUCCAGGUGGAGACGUACCGUAGAGAAGUGCGUGCAGCAUCUCAGCGUCUUGAGAUGCUCAAGAAUGAGAACGCGAAACUUGAAAAUGAUGUUUCCAUGUACCAGAAUUUGGCCAGUAAGAUGGAAUCUGAAUUGAAGAGCUUAUCUGAUGCUUAUUGCAGUCUAGAACAGGCCAACUCUCAACUUGAUAAAGAGGCCAAGUCUUUGAGAAGUGGGGGAGUUACUUCUUACCCAGAUAUUGAGGCAAUUAAAGAGGAAGUUAGAGAGGAAGCACAGAAGGAAAGUGAGGCAGAGUUGAAUGAUUUGCUUGUUUGCUUAGGACAAGAGCAAAGCAAAGUCGAGAGACUUACUGCAAGAUUAUUGGAACUAGGAGAGGAUGUUGACAAGUUGCUUGAAGGUGUUGGAGAUGAUACUGGCUUACCCGGCGACGAUGAUGAUGAUGAUGAUGAAGAUGAAGAAGAGGACUGAUUUAUGCUAUUUAUGUAAAAUCUCUGUUUUUUAUCUACUCUUGCAGAAUUAUGUCUUAAUUUAUUUCCAUUUGUGUUGUUAGUACUGUGUACUGUAAAUUAUUUCUAGUCAGCUGUACAGUUGAUUUGUGGUGGUGCACAGGAAUUGGAGUAUAAUCCGCUGUGCGACCCCAAAUUCGAAGUUACUCUUGAAAUUACUUUGUAUUUAUCACAACCUAAGCUCAAUGUAAAAACAACUCACCAAGUUGGGCA